GGGAGAGAGAGAGAGGGUGGAAACAGUGUCGUCGCUCCUCUCCGCGCGGGUGACGCUGCACCGGCGGCGGCGGCGGCCGCCCCCAGCCGAGCUCCCUCCCGGAGGCGCCGCGGCCGCCGAGCGCAGGGGCGCGGGCCGGCGGGGCUGGGCGCUCACGCCCUCUAGCGGGCCGCGGCGGCGCCGGGCGGCCGUGACGUGGGCGCUCCCUUCAGCCGGCCUGCGGGGCACCGCCAGUCAGUCGGGGAGCAAGAGCCCCGCGCGGAGCCGGCGCGGGCUCGGCCAUCCGCGCACCGCCGCCCCCGGCGCUGGGCUCGUGGCUGGCGGCGGAGAGGGGGCGGGCAGGACGCACGCGCCCACCGCCACGGCCGCGGCCGGCGGCUCAGGUCCCGAGCAGGGGAAGCGGAGCGGCGGCGGGUGCAGGCGCCGGAACGGAGGGCGGAUUUUGGCUCCGCGGGCGCGCCCUCCGCUCCCUCUCUCAGCCGCGCUGGACGCCGAGUGGGGCAGGCGGCGGCGGAGGAGGACCCAGGACCCCGACCCCCGGAGCCGCUGGAGUUCGGACUUCUGCAACUGUUGGCACUUCGGGGCUCCGGCUCUGUUUUUGGCUGUUUACCUUUCUCUUCUGGCUGCCUGGAAACCCAAGCUCCCGUCCGCCCUCCGCCCUCGCGCGCCCACCCAGCGCCGCCUGGGAGCGGCCCGGCGCACACUCGGCAACAUGAGGAGACUUGGGACUUGCCUGGCGACUUUGGCCGGACUUUUGCUAACUGCGGCAGGGGAGACAUUUUCAGGUGGUUGCCUCUUUGAUGAGCCACAUAGCGCAUGUGGAUAUAGUCAGGCCGAAGAUGAUGACUUCAACUGGGAGCAGGUGAACACCUUGACCAAACCAACUUCUGAUCCGUGGAUGCCCUCAGGUUCUUUCAUGUUGGUGAACACAUCUGGGAGACCUGAGGGGCAGAGGGCCCACCUUCUCUUACCUCAACUCAAAGAAAAUGACACCCACUGUAUUGAUUUUCACUAUUUUGUAUCCAGCAAGAGUAAUGCUGCUCCUGGGUUACUCAAUGUCUACGUGAAGGUCAACAACGGAGCUUUGGGGAAUCCUAUCUGGAAUAUAUCUGGAGACCCUACCCGCACAUGGAACAGGGCAGAACUGGCCAUUAGUACUUUCUGGCCGAAUUUUUAUCAGGUGAUUUUUGAAGUGAUAACUUCUGGACAUCAAGGCUACCUCGCUAUUGAUGAAGUGAAGGUGUUAGGACAUCCAUGUACCCGAACUCCCCACUUCCUGCGGAUUCAGAACGUGGAAGUCAAUGCCGGCCAGUUUGCCACCUUCCAGUGCAGUGCCAUCGGCCGGACUGUGGCGGGCGACAGGCUCUGGUUGCAGGGCAUCGAUGUACGAGAUGCUCCUCUCAAGGAAAUAAAGGUGACUAGUUCCCGGCGAUUCAUAGCUUCAUUUAAUGUCGUGAAUACAACAAAACGGGACGCUGGAAAGUAUCGCUGCAUGAUUCGCACCGAAGGAGGUGUUGGAAUAUCAAACUACGCAGAAUUGGUAGUUAAAGAACCACCUGUUCCCAUCGCUCCUCCCCAGCUCGCCUCCGUGGGGGCAACCUACCUGUGGAUCCAACUCAAUGCCAACUCCAUCAAUGGGGACGGGCCCAUUGUUGCCCGAGAGGUGGAAUACUGCACGGCAAGCGGGAGCUGGAACGACCGGCAGCCAGUGGAUUCCACGAGUUACAAAAUCGGGCACCUGGACCCGGAUACCGAGUAUGAGAUCAGCGUGCUGCUCACCAGACCCGGGGAGGGCGGCACUGGGUCUCCUGGGCCAGCUCUCCGGACAAGAACAAAGUGUGCCGAUCCCAUGCGUGGCCCAAGAAAACUGGAAGUGGUGGAAGUCAAGUCUCGACAAAUCACCAUCCGCUGGGAGCCAUUCGGAUAUAAUGUAACACGCUGCCAUAGCUAUAAUCUCACGGUCCACUACUGUUACCAAGUGGGAGGGCAGGAGCAAGUGCGAGAAGAAGUAAGCUGGGACACAGAUAAUUCACACCCUCAACAUACGAUCACUAACCUCUCACCAUACACCAACGUCAGCGUGAAACUCAUCCUCAUGAAUCCCGAGGGACGGAAAGAAAGUCAAGAACUCAUAGUACAGACAGAUGAAGACUUGCCAGGCGCUGUUCCCACUGAAUCCAUCCAAGGAAGUACUUUUGAAGAGAAGAUAUUUCUUCAGUGGCGGGAACCGAUUCAAACAUAUGGUGUCAUCACAUUAUAUGAGAUCACCUACAAAGCUGUCAGUUCCUUUGACCCAGAAAUAGACUUAUCCAAUCAAAGUGGAAGAGUUUCGAAACUGGGAAAUGAAACCCAUUUUCUAUUCUUUGGACUGUAUCCGGGGACCACAUACUCCUUUACUAUCCGAGCUAGCACAGCUAAGGGAUUUGGACCUCCAGCAACAAAUCAGUUUACCACCAAAAUAUCAGCACCCUCUAUGCCGGCUUAUGAACUGGAGACCCCUUUGAAUCAAACGGACAACACAGUGACAGUCAUGCUGAAACCUGCACACAGCCGGGGCGCACCUGUCAGUGUCUAUCAAGUAGUUGUUGAGGAAGAACGACCUCGAAGAACUAAAAAGACAACCGAAAUCUUAAAGUGUUACCCCGUGCCAAUUCACUUCCAGAAUGCAUCAAUACUGAAUUCACAGUAUUACUUUGCUGCAGAAUUCCCAGCAAACAGUCUCCAAGCUGCUCAGCCUUUUACUAUUGGUGAUAAUAAGACAUACAACGGAUACUGGAACACUCCCCUUCUCCCCCAUAAAAGCUACAGAAUUUAUUUCCAAGCUGCUAGUAGAGCCAAUGGGGAAACCAAAAUAGACUGUGUCCGAGUGGCCACAAAAGCUGCGAUAAUCGUGACUCAGCUUACAACACCUUACAUUCGCAUCGCCCCUGCCGCAGGCGACGACCAGCUGACAGGAGCUGCCACCCCGAAGCCAGUUCCAGAACCCGAGAAGGAAACAGACCACACGGUCAAAAUUGCUGGAGUCAUUGCCGGCAUCUUGCUGUUCGUCAUUAUCUUCCUUGGAGUUGUGUUGGUAAUGAAGAAAAGGAAACUAGCCAAGAAGCGGAAGGAGACAAUGAGCAGCACCCGGCAGGAGAUGACCGUGAUGGUGAACUCAAUGGACAAGAGCUAUGCCGAGCAAGGCACCAACUGCGACGAGGCGUUCUCGUUCAUGGACACACACAAUCUGAACGGGAGAUCUGUGUCUUCACCAUCAUCCUUCACAAUGAAAACGAAUACACUGAGCACAUCGGUGCCCAAUUCCUACUACCCAGACCCAUUUGUGCCAACUGCAAUUUUAGUGCCAAUAAAUGACGAAAGCCACACGAUGGCCAGCGACACCAGCAGCCUGGUGCAGUCCCAUACUUACAAGAAGCGCGAGCCGGCCGACGUGCCCUACCAGACCGGGCAGCUUCACCCCGCCAUCCGCGUGGCAGACCUGCUCCAACACAUCACGCAGAUGAAGUGUGCCGAGGGUUACGGCUUCAAGGAGGAAUACGAGAGCUUCUUUGAAGGGCAGUCUGCACCAUGGGACUCCGCUAAGAAAGAUGAGAACAGAAUGAAGAACAGAUAUGGGAAUAUCAUUGCAUAUGAUCAUUCGCGGGUGAGACUACAGACCAUAGAAGGAGAUACCAACUCCGACUACAUCAAUGGAAAUUAUAUCGAUGGUUAUCAUCGACCCAAUCAUUAUAUCGCUACCCAAGGACCAAUGCAAGAGACCAUCUAUGACUUCUGGAGGAUGGUGUGGCACGAAAACACCGCAAGCAUCAUAAUGGUGACCAACCUCGUGGAAGUGGGAAGGGUCAAAUGCUGCAAAUACUGGCCAGAUGACACAGAGAUAUAUAAAGACAUUAAAGUGACCCUCAUAGAAACAGAACUACUGGCAGAAUAUGUGAUAAGAACGUUUGCUGUUGAAAAGGGAGGGGCCGGAAGUGAAGCAAACUGCAGUCCAUCCACAGAAGUGGCACAGAGAGGUGUUCACGAAAUCCGAGAGAUCAGACAGUUUCACUUCACUGGCUGGCCAGAUCACGGGGUCCCCUAUCACGCCACAGGGCUUCUGGGGUUCGUCCGGCAGGUCAAGUCCAAGAGCCCGCCCAACGCAGGCCCGUUGGUGGUGCACUGCAGCGCGGGUGCGGGGAGGACCGGCUGCUUCAUCGUCAUCGAUAUCAUGUUGGACAUGGCGGAAAGGGAAGGCGUGGUAGACAUCUAUAACUGCGUCCGGGAGCUGCGGUCACGGAGAGUGAACAUGGUACAGACAGAGGAGCAGUAUGUGUUUAUCCAUGAUGCCAUCCUGGAAGCCUGUCUUUGUGGAGACACCUCCGUCCCUGCUUCCCAAGUUAGGUCUCUGUAUUAUGACAUGAACAAAUUGGAUCCACAGACUAACUCCAGCCAGAUUAAAGAGGAGUUCCGGACCCUGAACAUGGUGACGCCCACACUGCGGGUGGAAGACUGCAGCAUCGCGCUUCUGCCCCGGAACCAUGAGAAGAACCGCUGCAUGGACAUCCUGCCCCCGGACCGCUGCCUGCCUUUCCUCAUCACCAUCGACGGGGAGAGUAGCAACUACAUCAACGCGGCCCUCAUGGACAGCUAUAAACAGCCUUCGGCUUUUAUAGUCACCCAGCAUCCUUUGCCAAACACGGUGAAAGACUUCUGGAGACUGGUCCUGGAUUAUCACUGCACGUCUGUGGUUAUGCUAAAUGAUGUGGAUCCUGCCCAGUUGUGUCCGCAGUACUGGCCAGAGAAUGGAGUUCACAGACAUGGCCCCAUCCAAGUGGAAUUUGUUUCUGCUGACUUAGAAGAAGACAUCAUCAGCAGGAUAUUCCGUAUUUAUAAUGCAGCCAGACCCCAAGAUGGAUACCGGAUGGUGCAGCAAUUCCAGUUCCUGGGCUGGCCCAUGUACAGGGACACGCCGGUGUCCAAGCGCUCCUUCUUGAAGCUCAUUCGCCAGGUGGACAAGUGGCAGGAGGAAUACAACGGGGGCGAAGGCCGCACGGUUGUGCACUGCUUGAACGGGGGAGGCCGUAGCGGGACGUUCUGCGCCAUCAGCAUCGUCUGUGAGAUGCUCCGGCACCAGAGGACGGUCGACGUCUUCCACGCCGUGAAGACGCUGAGGAACAACAAGCCCAACAUGGUGGACCUCCUGGAUCAGUACAAGUUCUGCUACGAGGUGGCCCUGGAAUACUUGAAUUCUGGCUGACGGCAUAAACAGUUCUGCAAACCAACCCUUUCAUCCCACAAAGCCAAGACGUUCCAUGGUAUUUGUGUAGAUGAGAUGAAGACUUCUCACUAUGCUUAUUUUGCUUUGCAUAAUUGGCUCUUUUUAAGAGCCCAAGAAAGCGUUUAUAAAACUGCUUUGCACUGCCCAAUUCCCAGCAAUGCUGCUGCCUGACAGAAACACACACACACAGCAGAGUCGUCAAAUACUGUCUUAGGCAUCGGCUUAUUAGAGCAGCGUAGACAUCUGGUAAAUCGAAGAGCACAAUUAUAUUCUUAUGAAGGAAAUUUGUACCUUUGGGGUAUUAUUUUGUGGCCCGUGAACCCUUUGUUAUUGUUACAGCUGAGUGUACAUUUUUGUUUUGUGGAGAAUGCUACCUGGCAUUAUGAUAAUAUAUUAUUUUAGUUAAUAUUUGUAUUUUAACAUGUUGCAUAAUAUAAGCUUAUGUACCUUUCCAAGACUAACAGAUAAACGUAUAAUGAACAAAGAUAUGUUGUAUGAGUUGUUGUUUCUAUCAGAUUUGUAUUGUUUCCAAGGGAAAAGCUUGGGAGGAAGUCAAUUCAAAAAUGCAAAGCUCGACGAUCAGAUUCAUGGAUCCAAAGCUUUCCCCUUUGUUUAUAUUGUAAAUAUUUUUGAUUUCAUCAAAUUAUUUAUUCAUUAAAAGAAAUUUUUGUGAA